AUGCAGCACUAUGGAGUGAACGGUUACUCCCUCCAUGCCAUGAAUUCACUGAGCGCCAUGUACAACCUCCACCAGCAGGCAGCUCAGCAAGCCCAGCACACCCCCGACUACAGGCCCUCGGUGCAUGCCCUCACCCUGGCAGAGAGACUGGCCGGCUGUACAUUUCAAGACAUCAUUUUGGAGGCACGUUAUGGAUCCCAGCACCGCAAACAAAGGCGAAGUCGCACGGCCUUCACCGCCCAACAACUCGAGGCGCUGGAGAAGACCUUCCAGAAGACUCACUACCCAGAUGUGGUGAUGAGAGAGCGGCUGGCUAUGUGCACAAACCUACCUGAAGCCAGAGUCCAGGUUUGGUUCAAGAACCGGAGAGCCAAAUUCCGGAAGAAACAGCGUAGCCUGCAGAAGGAGCAGCUGCAGAAGCAGAAGGACUGUGAAGGGAGCCACAGCGAGGGAAAGACAGAGCCGCCCAUGCUGGAGACCCAGGCCACCACCCCAGACACCGAGAAGGUCCAGAGCCUCCCAAGCGAGGUAGGCACGGACCUCAAUCUAACCCUGUCGGAGCAGUCGGCCAGCGAGUCAGCGCCCGAGGACCAGACCGACAGAGAGGAGGAGUUUAAGAGCACCUUGGAGGAGACUAAAGUGGACAAAAACCCUGGUGUGGACAGCAAGGCUUUGAACUGCAAGAGAGCAAGCCCAAAAGCAGAGUCCCCCAUCAGCGCGACUGUGACGCCUUCAUCCAGCAGUGGCCUGGCUCAGACUCACUCCUACUCCUCCUCGCCCCUGAGCCUCUUUCGCCUGCAGGAGCAAUUCCGCCAGCACAUGGCAGCCACCAACAACUUGGUCCAUUACUCCUCCUUCGAAAUGGGGACACCGUCUGCCAUGCCCUACUUGGGCAUGAACGUCAACAUGGCACCACUGAGCUCCCUGCACUGUCAGUCGUACUACCAGUCGCUCUCUCAUGCUCAGCAGGUCUGGUCCUCCCCCAUCCUGCAGGCCUCCAGCUCCCUUCCAAGCCUGAACAGUAAAACGACGAGUAUUGAGAACCUAAGGCUCCGGGCAAAGCAACACGCAGCAUCCCUUGGGCUUGACACCCUACCCAACUGA